UGGCAGCUGAGCAGAAAGAAUGAAAUUAUCUCAAUACCCUUGUCAAGAAAAUCUCAAUGAGAUCGUAAAGAGUGGAACACGACUGAAACUGCUGAACAAUUUAGGGAUAAGGAGUGGGAGAGUGGGAGAGGUGACAUCGAGAGGCUCCAAUUAGUUUGCAAAAAUCAGUGGCACCCAUAUACCUUCCUAGUUGGGAAAAGCAAAGAUACAUUAUUUGUCCUAAAAGUUAGUAGUGGUGUCCGAUAUAUACUGCCUGCCUAUCUGACCUACAACUCAAAUCAGGCCCACAAACAUUUAAGGAGCGUGGAGAGUGCCUAUUAAAUUAAAUGCAAUCUUUAAACACAAAUCAUAAACACAAAAUCAUAAAACACAAACGCAAGUGUUUUUUUCAAGGAAACUUCAAAGUUGAAGUUGUUUGUUUUCCUCCUGAUCUAACAAUAGUAAAUUCCAAGGGAGUGAAAAAACCAAAACCGCUUAACUAGGUGAUAGAGGCCUGCGGGGCGGGAAGGACUGCUGCUUUCCCCCCAGGUGGGUCCCACUCCCCGAGGUAACAAACAGGCCUCUUGGCACCUCUCCUACAGAGGAAGCCAAGCUGCAAAGCCUGCGGAGCUGGGUUUUUCCCUCCAACCCUUUCCCUCGAUAGUUGCAGCCCCCAAGCCGGCUGGGUUUGGAUUCAGUCCUGGCCGCUCACCCCAUGGAACACACAUGAACCCGAACCCCUGGGGGCUCGAGCCCUUCCAGGCCCCCGGCGCAGGCUGGGGAGGUGGGGCAGGCUAGGCCGGGGGGAAAGGCUGCGCUCUGCGAGCAUCGGCGGCCGCCCCUCCCGGGCUCCCGCGUGGCUCCCGGAGAAGGGGGGAACUGGAAGAGCAAGGGCGAGGAGACCACUUCUAGGGAAGAUGAACGCAGCCAGAGGAAGCGGCCAUGCGGGCUGCCUGGCUUCCGGACCACGCUGCUUCCCCGCCCGUGGGCCAGCCGCUGCCGGUGCGGAUUCUUACUCCCAGAGGAAAAGCAUAGAAAAUGCAAAAUAACGAAAUUAUAAAACCUGCCAAAUACUUUUCUGAAUUGGAAAAGAGUAUUUUGCUUGCAUUAGUGGAAAAGUAUAAAUAUGUGCUUGAAUGUAAGAAAAGUGAUGCAAGGACAAUUGCCCUUAAGAAGCGAACCUGGCAAGCCCUCGCCCACGAGUACAAUUCUCAACCAAGUGUCUCACUGCGGGAUUUCAAACAAUUGAAGAAGUGCUGGGAAAACAUCAAGGCACGGACCAAAAAGAUAAUGGCACAUGAAAGGAGAGAGAAGGUAAAACGGAGCGUUAGUCCACUUCUAAGCACACAGGUAAUAGGAAAAGAGAAGAUUGCCAGCAUGCUACCUGAGCAAAUUUACUUUUUACAGAGUCCUCCAGAGGAGUCAGAAUACCACGCUGACACAGCAAACCAAGAACCUUUUCCUGUUUCAAAUCGAGAACUAUGUGAGGAAGAGAAGGAAAUAAUUCACUUUCCAGUUUGUGAAGGGACCUCUCAACCUGAACCUUCAUGUUCAGCGGUCAGAAUAACCACCAAUAAAAACUACAGGAGCAGAGCCUCUCAGGAAAGUGCUUUAAAAAAGAUGCAUGAAGAAGAACACCAUCAGCAAAUGUCCAUUUUGCAACUGCAAUUGAUUCAGAUGAAUGAAGUACAUGUGGCCAAAAUUCAGCAAAUUGAAAGAGAAUGUGAAAUGGCAGAAGAGGAACACAGGAUAAAAAUGGAAGUUCUCAACAAAAAGAAGAUGUAUUGGGAAAGAAAACUGCAAACUUUUACCAAGGAGUGGCCCGUGUCAUCAUUUAACAGGCCCUUUCCCAAUUCACCAUAGAGGAUGGGGAAUGAACACACAUGUAAAUUCACAUUUAACUAAGGUGUUUGGAAGAAAGAGUGUGUAAGAUAAAUCUGUGAAUUUAUGACUUGUCAAAGUUGGAAUGAAACCAGUUAAAUGUCUGAAUCAAAUGGAAAGUAGUAAUUUUUCUGACAUUACAUUCAGGUAACACACACAACUUGCUCCAUUUCUGACUCCUUUAUCUAUAAUCACCUUUACUAAGGACGAGAAAAGAAGCAAUUUUAGUUUUUGAACAUUGUAGCUAUAAAUGUGAUCAUUCUGAACAUGAUGUCUUUAAUUAGGAUUCAUACAAGAACUCUGUGGGUUUGUUUUUUGGUUGUUGUUUUUUAAUCAAAUACAAGGUAUUUACAAUGUGACCAUUUAUUAUUAUCAUUUGGAUUUUUUUUUUUUUUUGCAAACAUUCAAGAAUUUGUACAUGCAAAUGAAGGUUGUUCAAUAAAAAGGGAUCCUCUUGGAGGGGUUAAAUACUUGGUUCAGUGAUCCUACCAUUGCUCUGAGAACAUCUGAAACUCUUCUUAAAGAAUCAGCACAGUUGUGACAUGGUCUUUUUAAAAAAUCUCUUCCAUUUUCAUCCAUUGAAGGUAAAUUUAAUUUUUUAUAACUAUCAGAAAUCAUCUGAAAAUCAGUCUAAUGCUUGGGAAAGAAUAGAACAUAAACAAAGUAUGUAACAAGGAUCUUGGUCAAGAAGUGCAAAUGAUAGAACAAACUUGAGAAUCUACAGAGUAAUGUGGCAAUGGGGACAAAGUAGGCCAGGUAGACAGUGCAAUGAGAUGGAACGUGUGCUAGCUCUGGAAUCAGAGCACUUGGGUUCAAAUCUGGCUUCUGACAUUUAAUACUACAGUUGGAGUGUGAUCACUUGUCCUUCUUAGGCCUCAGUUUCCCCAACUAUAAAAUAAAGUUAUAUUCAGUGACCGCAGAUCCUUUUUGGUAUAAGUCGAGGAACUGAAAUCAGAGCUCUUCUGAUCAUGUGGGUCAGGGAUAUGAAACAGCAAUUAACACAAUAUAAAGAGACCAAGUGUCUAAUGGAGAGAGGCAGGAUUUUGUGAGCAUAAUAAAAUGGACAGUAUAUGAGGCAAAUUUUGAAUAAUGGGAAGUUUUUUGAGAGGGAGGAAUGAAAAGAGAGAUAACUAUAAAGUCAUGAGAAUAUACCAUUAUAACAUUGAGAGAAAAAGAAAGAAAAAGUCUUGAUAGAGAGAGAGAAAGUGAGUUUUGGUAGAAAGAAAGAGUUAGGAGAGACCUGUAAAGUCGUAAGACGAUAUGACUAUAAUGUUGAGAGUUUUGGUAGAGAAAGAGAAAGGGAGAGAAAGAAAGGACUAAAAAGUCAAAAAAAAAUGACUAAUAGAGAAAGAAAGGAGAGGGAGGGGGAAAGAGAUGGAGGGAGAGAGAUAAAGGGAGAGAGAGACAGAGAGAGAGAGGUAGAGAGGGGAAAAGAGAGAUGAAGGGAGAAGGAGGAGGAAGAGAGAGACAGAGAUAUAGAGACAGAGAAGUAGGGAGGGGAAAAAGAUGGAAGGAGGGAGGGAGACAGAGACAGAGAUAGAGAUGGAGGAGGGAAAAAGAGAGAGAGGUGACUAUAAAGUUAUAUGAUUGAUUGUCUUGGAAGGAUAUUCCCAAAGAGAAGCCUGAAUUCCAAGCUGUUCUGAAUAGUGCUAACUCACAUCAUUGAAUAAUCAAGUAUAUGGCCCCAAAGGUGACUGAGGAAGGAAGCGUUCACUUGGAUGUGUACAUCUGAGCACAUUUGUUUCAUUUUCUUAUUAUUUUAUAAUCAUACCUUGUAUGUUCUAAGAAGGUACUGCCUUCCUGGCAGUGUUCCCAAGGGCUCCCACCUUUUCUCUGAAUUUUCUGCCUAUUUCUAUAUUGAUUUCCUUUCAUUUGGGCUUCUAGUCACAGCCAAGGCUAUUCCCAGUCAUGCCAAAGGUGCUAGUUUAGAAAUGUGGUAACAUGAUGCAUUUAGACAGUCGUGAGCUGCUUGGUUGCUUUUCCAUCACCAAUCUAGAUCACCAACAUGGACUGAUUGAACAGAAACUUUGAGAAGUGCUUUUUGAGCAUAAAAUGACAAUUUGGAGAAGAAAAAGCUAAGAUAAACAGUUGAUAAACACUCUAAGAGACAGCAAAAAUUCAGUCAUUGGAAUGCCAACGAGAAGAUUUGAGUUUCUCCUCUCCUUACUUACUAGCCGUAUUCCACUUCACACUAGAGACUCAAUUUCCUCAUCUAUAGAAUGAGGGGGUUGGACUUGAUGACCUCGUAAGGUUUCUCCUAUCUUCAAAACGACAACCCCUCUGAACCUCAGUUUCCUCAUCUGUAAAAUGGGGGUUAUAAUGGUUGUACUAUCUACCUCACAGGGUGGUUGUGAGGAAGAGUGCUUUGUAAACUGUGAAGCACUGUGUAAAUGUGAGCUAUUAUUAGAAAUUCUUAGGUAGUUCUUUAGUUUCCCAAGGCAAAAUUUCCUAAGGUCACAUGUGAUGAGAUCACGAAGAAUAGCAGGAUAAUGAGUAGAAUGCAAUUUAUAUGAGAAGAGUGCUGUACUUGGGGUUAGGAAACCUGGCUUUGAGUCCUCUUCGGAUGCUCACUGCCUGUGUGAUCCUGGGAAAGCCACGUAAUCUUUAUGAGCCUCUAUUUCCUCAUCUAUAACAUGAAGGUAACAAUACCUAUAUCACCUACCUCACAGGGUUGUUGUGGGGAAAGAACUUGGCAAACCUUAAAAAAUAUAAAUGUAAAUUAUUAUUAUACUUA